AAAGGGCAGGCGAUGGAAGGUUUCAUCGCCUUCUGUCUGACAAGUCUAACCAUCCAUUUCCAAUCAUUUUGUCAAUCCUUUUCUGUCAAUCACUCUUUGUCAAUCUUUCUGGUCACUCAUUCUCUUUACAAUGCGUUUCACACAGUCUUCUCUUCUUGGCGGUCUCGCCCUAACUCCGCUCGCUUUGGCUGUGCCAAUGCUCCAGUCUCGGGCCACCGCAGAUACCGCCGAAUGGACCGAACUUCAUCGAGCUGCGCAGCUGGCCUCCGCAGCCUACACCGGUUGUACUGGUUCAGCAUUUGAUGUGACCAUCACCAAGCAGAUCAACGAUCUCGUGACCGAUACUCAGGGCUUCAUCGGAUACUCCACCGAGAAGAAGCGGAUCACAGUGUCCAUGAGAGGUUCCACCUCUAUGAUCGAUAUCGACAACGAUGUCGAUACCACCCUCGUCGAGCCCACCCUAUCUGGCGUCAACUUCCCCUCCGGCGCCAAAAUGAUGCACGGCAUUUUCUCUCCUUGGUCUUCCGUCCACGACGAUGUCAUCUCGGAAGUCAGGUCUCUGAUCCAGCAAUACCCCGAUUACUCUCUUGAGUCCACCGGACACUCCCUUGGUGGCUCCCUGACAUACAUCUCCUACAUCGCACUGGCGCAGAACUUCCCCGAGAAGGAGCUCAUCAGCAACGCUCUUGCUGCCUACCCCAUUGGUAACGAGGCAUUUGCCAACUUUGGUGCCUCCCAGAACGGAACAUUGAACCGUGGUAACAACGCUGGCGACGGUGUUCCAAACAUGUACGUCAUGUGGCCUUGGGACUUUGUCCACUACGGCACUGAAUACUACAGCUCCGGUACCCAGGCCAGCACGGUCAAGUGCAGCGGUGAACGCGAUACCUCUUGCUCUGCGGGCAACGGGCAGGUCGGUGUCACUGCUGGACAUUUCUCCAACUUUGGUAUCGCGAUGGGUAUGGCCGGAUGCUCCUCGUCGCUUUUGUAAGUGAUUGACUAGCAUAUGCAGGCUUGUCUGGGUGCGUAUAUGUUACUAUUGAAUAGCAAAACAGGGCUGGAUAUACUCGCAGCGGGACUUGGCGGGGUUAGACUUUGUUUGAUAUAGACCACUCAUUAGGAAAUUAGGUUUAGAAUGUCAGAUUGGAG